AUGUCAUUCGACAUUUUCACCGAUGCUUUCAAUGAACUCCAAGUCCCUACUCACUUGCUCGACCGAAGCAUCACGCCACCUCAGGGAGCAAUAGUGACUACUCCCUUCCUCACUGUUGAUUGUCCCACAGCCUAUAAUGUAAUUCUUGGACGCCCUAUCUUUGCACAAAUGAGGCGCCUUGAAGAAAAGGGGGCAACGAUCAAUAGCCUUGGACAUAAACUUGGAGACGGCCGCAACUCGUUCGGUAAGGCUUCAAAUGUCCUUGACCGCCUUCGGUACCUUCAUGUCCAAGAUCACCUGAAAACCCUCAUUUGUGCCAAGACAGGGCAUCUAAGAAUGACAUUAUAG